UUUUAAAUUACUAUAAUUGAUAAUUACAUAAUACCAUCCCCUCUCUACAUUAUAUAAAUGCUACACGCGUCUUUGUUUUCAUUCCAUCUCAACUUCUUCUCUUCAUCAUUUCUUCCAAUAUGAAGUUUCAUUUCUUUCACAUUAUUACCUUUCUCAUGCUUCUGCUAGUGGCAACUAAUGCUGAAACGUUACCACCUCAACUUUACUGGAAGUCCAUACUCCCCAACUCUCCAAUGCCGAAAGUCAUCACUAAUCUCCUACUUUCGGACUCACCGAUGGCAAAAACCAUCACUAAUCUGCUACUCCCUGGUUUAGAUGAUGGAGUCAAAAAGAGCUACUCUGAUGGAGGUGAAGUUGAAGGUAAGACAGAUGUAAUUCCUAAAAAAUUAUCUAAUGGAUUCGGUUACCAUGAUGCUGUAAGUGAGCCUAAUGUAAAUUUCAAGGAAUUAUCUAAUGGGUUCGGUUACCAUCAUGCUGCAAGUGAGGCAGAUGGAAAUUCCGAAGAAUUACCAAAUGGGUUCGGUUACCAUCAUGCUGCAAGUGAGGCUGAUGUAAAUUCCAAAAAAUUACCAAAUGGAUUCGGUUACCAUCUUGCUGCAAGUGAGCCUAAUGUAAAUUCCAAGGAAUUAUCUAAUGGGUUCGGUUACCAUCAUGCUGCAAGUGAGGCAGAUGGAAAUUCCAGAGAAUUACCAAAUGGGUUCGGUUACCAUCAUGCUGCAAGUGACGCUGAUGUAAAUUCUAAAAUAUUACCAAAUGGAUUCCGUUACCAUCUUGCUGCAAGUGAGGCUGAUGAAAAUUCCAAAGAAUUAUCUAAUGGGUUCGUUUACCAUCAUGCUGCAAGUGAGGCCGAUGCAAAUUCAAGAGAAUUACCUAAUGGUUUCGGUUACCAUCAUGCUGGAAGUGAGUCUGAUAUAAAUUCUAGAGAAAUAUCUAAUGGGUUUGGUUACCAUCAUGUUGCAAGUGAGACUGAUGUAAAUUCGAGAGAAUUACCUAAUGGGUUUGGUUACCAUCAUGGUGCAAGUGAGGCUUAUGUAAAUUCUAGAAAAUUAUCUAAUGGGUUCGGUUACCAUCAUGCUGCAAGUGAAUCUGGUGUAACUUCAGGAGAAUUACCUAAUGGAUUUGGUUACAAUCAUGCUAUAAGUGGGGUUGAUGGAAAUUCUAAAGAAUUACCUAAUGGAUUUGGUUACCAUCAUGGUGCAAGUGAGCCUGAUGUAAAUUUUAGAGAAUUACCUAACGGGUUUGGUUACCAUCAUGCGACAAGUGAGGCUGGUGUGAAGUCCGAAGAAUUACCUAAUGGGUUCGGUUACCAUCAUGCUGCAAGUGAACCUGAUGUAAAUUCAGGAGAAUUACCUAAUGGAUUUGGUUACAAUCAUGCUAUAAGUGGGGUUGAUGGAAAUUCUAAAGAAUUACCUAAUGGGUUCCGUUACCAUCAUGCUGCAAGUAAGCCGGAUGUAAAUUCUGGAGAUUUACCUAAUGGGUUCCGUUACCAUCAUGCUGCAAGUAAGUCAGAUGUAAAUUCUGGAGAUUUAUCUAAUGGGUUCCGUUACCAUCAUGCUGCAAGUAAGCCUAAUGUAAAUUCUGGAGAUUCACAUAAUGGGUUCCGUUACCAUCAUAUUGCUAGUGAGGCUCAAUUGCAUGAUAAACCAAAAGCAACAAUCUUCUUCUUUGAAAAGGAAUUGCACCAUGGAACAAAAUCAUACAUUAGAUUUGCCAAAACCAAUCCAAAUAACGAAGCAAAAUUCUUGCCUAGAGAAGUUGCUAGUUCAAUACCUUUUUCAUCAAAAAAGUUGGAAUACAUACUCAACAAACUGAACAUCAAGAAAGGGUCAAAGGGUGCUCGCAUUGUGAACAACACAAUCACUGACUGUGAAGUGGAAAGCAUCAAAGGAGAAGAAAAACUUUGCGUAACAUCAUUGGAGUCCAUGAUUGAUUUCUCUAUUUCUAAAAUUGGGAAAAAUCUCGAGGCUGUUUCAACAGAAACGUACAAAGAGAGUGACUUUCAACAAUAUAAAGUAAUAACACAAGGAGUGAAGAGGUUGGGGGAGAAGAACAAAGCUGUUGUGUGCCACAAACAGAAUUACCCUUAUGCAGUGUUUUUCUGCCACACAACAGAUACAACUAAAGUUUACUCAGUGCCUUUGGAGGCUGUUGAUGGAAGCAGGGUUAAAGCUAUUGUUGUGUGUCACACUGAUACAUCUCAAUGGAACCCAAAGCAUUUUGCAUUUUUAGAACUCAAAGUUAAAGUUGGAACUGCUCCUAUUUGCCACCUACUACCUCAAGAUCAUGUGGCAUGGAUUUCCAAGUAGGACCACUCUUUUUUUCGCUUUCACAUUUAGGUGUGUUGUGUUUUGUUAUGAUGUAUUACUACAAGUGUGCUAUUUGUUUUACUUUGAUGUCUUUCUAUGAUGUAUAACACGUAUGCUAAAUAAAGUUGCUUUCAAGUAAUGGUUCAAUGUUAUGGCUCACUGCAGCAUAAAUAAAUGUUUUGUCUCUGUUUAUCA